AUGGGUCCAGCGACCUCCACAAAUCAGCUGGCUCGUUCAGCUGCCUCUAUCUUUAGAAGAAUCAACAUUCCAGUGACCUCAUCAAGUCCUCCUGGUCUAAUCGCAGCAAGUCAGCAAGACCCCUGGAGGAGUGCUGGGAGAUAUUCUCUAGGAUGGGUAUACUUUUGCAUCAUUCUUCUAGUCGCUACUGUGGCCGUCAGAAUCUACCAUAUGUGGACGGAUAUCAUACGAAAGGCGCUUUCCACCGAGAAAGCCUCGAGCGCAUCGGAGUACGAGCAUGGGUUGUCAAAUCUGCACACUGAGGCAAAGUAUUAUUUGUCCUCUAGUGAAAUCUCUGGCCGUCACAAGACGCAAUCAUCCGUGUCUUCAAUCGGGGCUCUCAACAGGACUAUAUCUUUCUCAAGAUGGAUAUUCUAUCGGCCUUUGCCCGUUUUUCGGGUAUGGAAUCAUCAUAUUGCACUUCCUUCACUGGCGGUGACUGCGCUUGUUGCUGCUGCUUUAAUUUUUGUGCCCCUUUACUGUUUUCUCCCGCGACCUCUUUACUAUGCAAGCAUUGCGUUUGGUUCUCCCCCAUUGGCGAUUCGUGCAGGAAUGAUCGCCAUAGCCAUGGUUCCAUGGAUCAUUGGAUUGAGUAUGAAGGCCAAUCUUAUCUCCUUCAUUACCGGCAUUGGGCAUGAAAGGCUUAAUGUUUUGCACCGCUGGGGCGGAUACCUGUGUCUUUUCCUUAGUCUGGUUCACACAAUUCCGUUCUACAUACAGCCUGUUUGGGAUCAAGGAGGAAUGGCAGUGUGGGGCUCCUUCUUCAAGGGUACCGUCAUCUAUGGAAGUGGCUGGGCCGCUCUCGCACCUCUUUUAUUUCUUUGCAUCUUCUCACAUCCAUUCUUCCGGUCAAGGCUGUAUGAAUUGUUUGUCAUACUGCAUGUGCCGGUCGCCAUCCUUUUUCUGGGAAUGCUUUUUUGGCACUGCGCAAACUAUCUUACCUCGUGGCGCUAUUUAUUUGCCACGCUUGCCAUCUGGCUCUUAUCAUAUGCACUCCGCGUCGUACUCUAUCUCAACUGGACUAAGCCGCGGAGGUUAUCGUGGCUGAUUGGAGAGGAAUGCGUUGUCACGAUUCUUCCAGAAAACGCCCUCAAGGUCAUCAUUCCAACAGAAAUGCGCUGGAAGCCGGGUCAGUACGUCUACCUACGCAUGCCAGGGAUUUCUAUAUUCGAAAACCACCCUUUUACUAUUGCGUCUCUUUGCAGCGAUGAUUUUCCCUCAGAGUAUGGUCCUCAAUUUCGGGACAUGGUACUGGUGUUUCGUCCUUUUGGCGGGUUCACUAGAAAGGUCCUUGAUGCUGCGCUCGCAAAGGGCCCGUACAAGACUUACAGAGCGUUUCUAGACGGGCCAUAUGGCGGCAUGCAACGACAACUUGCAUCAUUCAACCACGUUGUGCUCAUUGCCGGGGGCAGUGGUAUAACGACCAUCAUCAGCCAUCUUCUUCACCUUAUCAAGCUCAUGCGGGAUGGAAAGGCAGUCACCAAGACUGUGGAAAUAAUCUGGGCAAUGAAGCGACCAGACGUUUUGCAGUGGUUCCAACACGAGCUGAAAAUAUGCAGAGAACACGCUCCUCCUGGCUCGGUCCGGUGUCAGUUCUUCAUCACCGCAGCCAAGCGGCAAGGGCCCGAACCCAGCGCGCGCUCUUCGCAGAGACUCAGUGGAGUAUUUUACGACAGGAUUGGCGAGGCGCUUGAGGGGGUCGCCAAUAAAAGGAAUUCUGCCCUAAUUAGAGACGAACCUACAUACGACUUGAUGCAAGAAAAGGCAUCCCAUCAUGUUGGCCAACCAUCUCUGUCCUACCUGCAACCUUCGGACCCUCCACCUCACCCCUCCUACAACCUCCAAAUCCCAGCCCCAACACACCAUCGGCCCGGCCGCAAUCUCAACACCCACAAUCUCCAAAUCACGCCCCCACCACCGCCACCUCCUGCAAGAAAUUCUCGAAGCCUCGAUUUCGGAUUCCCUACUACUCCAACCAUGCUGGAGAAGAACCUAAUGCGCUUCGCCUUUCUUCCGGCAGCUACCGCGGCCGGCAGUAGACGCAAAGACGGCUGGACAACGGAAUACGGUCGUCCAGAUAUCUCCUACCUUUUGCGCGAAUCUGCCAGAGAUUUUGGCCGACGGACCUGUGUCUUUGUCUGCGGGCCCCCCAGCAUGCGAAUAGAUGUGGCCAGCACGGUGGCACGCCUGCAGCAGGAUGUCGUCUGGAAGAGUGCAGAUCGUGACGAGAUUUAUCUGCAUGCCGAGAAUUAUGCUGUUUGA